UAAAAAAGUGAUUAGGAUGAGGAAUUUCGUGGUAUUAGCAACGUUGCUGGUGGCAGCCUGGGCCCAUCCUCAGGGCUACAAUUACCCGUCGGCCCCCAGCGGUCCAAGUGACAGCUACGGCGCUCCUCCCUCUUCGAAUUAUGGCCCCCCUGCACCUCCCACCGAAUACGGGGCUCCAGCUCCAGGAAUUGUCCAGAAACAUGUCUACGUCCAUGUGCCCCCUCCAGAGAAAGAGCAGCCCAAACCGAGGAAACCUAUCGAAGUAGCACCAGCCCAGAAACACUAUAAAAUCAUCUUCAUCAAGGCUCCAACUCCACCAACUCCAACUGCACCAGUCAUUCCAGUUCAACCUCAAAACGAAGAAAAGACUUUGGUGUACGUGUUGGUUAAGAAACCAGAAGAAGCACCAGAAAUUACUAUUCCUACGCCUGCUCCAACUCAACCAAGCAAACCAGAAGUUUACUUCAUCCGAUACAAAACGCAAAAGGAAGCCGAAGGUCCAUAUCCAGCAAGCGGCCAACCAGCUGGACCACCAUCUUCAAAAUAUGGCCCACCCAGCGGUAAUGGUAAUGGUAAUGGUGGUGGACCUUAUUAAGCUUUAAAAAAAAGGCCUUAAGAAAAUUAGGGGAAUAUUUUCACAUAUCAAAUUUAGAAAAAAUUACGUGGUUUGUGAAAAUUACAAAGUCUUCUCCUACUAUUUCCCAAAAGCCUUUGGAAAAAUCCAACAUAAAAUUGCCAAUAAAAUUCACCUAUUUCCAUAAAUGUAGAUAGUAAAUAUAUUUUUUAUAUUGAUUUAAUUAUACGUUUAUAUAUUUUUUACCAAUACUAUAUUUUUGUAAAGAUACUCAGUAUAAGUACUAGAUUUUAAGUUAGGGAAAAAUAUAAAAAAAUCAUGGUGACAAAUGAUUUUUAAUAAAUGGUGUUAAGAUGCAUUAUCACUAAUAAUUAUCCUAGUGUGUGUUCUAUUUUGUGUAGCUGUAAUAUGUAUAUAUUUUGUUAUUUUAUAUAGAAAAGUUAUAGAUAGAUAGGUCUUUUUUAUAUUGAC